UAUCAACACCACCAUCAUACACCAAUACCUUCUCCUGCCCUGCAAGAAUCGUACAUUAUUCAACUGAGCUCACAUACACCCACUCAUUUCACCAAAUUCAGAAAUGGCGCAUCUCUACAAAAGCAGACUGCAAACUUACGCUCAAAAGAGAAACAUUCCUCUCCCCACAUAUACGGUCGAAACACAAGGUCCUCCGCAUUGUCGUCUCUUCAAAGCACAAGUCACCAUUGACGGAAAUACGUAUGCGGGGCCCGGUUUUAGCUCGACUUUAAAAGACGCAGAACAUGAAGCCGCUAAAGUUGCCUUCAUGUCAUUAUCACAGGAUGGAGCACAAGACGAUGAUUGUUUGUACAAGAGUUUAUUACAAGAACUAGCUCAAAAGAGGGGUCUUGCUCUACCUGUUUACGUCACAAAUAGAAGCGGCCCGCCUCAUAUGCCAUGUUUUGUUUCUACCGUUGAGAUUUCAGGUGAAAGCUAUGUGGGGGAAGAUGCACGAACGAAGAAACAAGCGGAAAUGAAUGCUGCUAAGGUUGCUUAUACGGCUCUUACCGGAGGUGGACCAAGAGUUUCAAACAAUGCAACUGCAAUCUCCAACACUGUAGGAACUUCUAGUUCUGGUUCUUCCAUCUUGCAGACGGUUACGGCUCACAAAAACGAACCAACCACUAGUAAGAUUCAACCGAUCAUUAACAGCCAAGCCAGUUACACAAUUCCAAGUGACCCGGAGAAAGCAAAAGGGUAUCUCGAAUUAAAAGACUUGCAAGAUGUUAUCGAGAAGCAUAAAAUGACCUUGGCACCUGUCGUGAUCAAUCAGCCGCAACCAACAUCUACACCGAUUAUUGUUGAUUUUGCAAAACCAGAUAUCAAACAGAAAAGCCAUGUAAUUCAAGCCGCUGAAGUUAUCAUAUCUUUAGGGUCGGGUUCAAAUGGUAAAAUUAUCAAACCGUCUUUCAAUGAAGUCACUUUGAACCCGGUGAUGGAUUCGGGCUCUGCAAAACCCUCACCAAAUGUUGUUGAUGUUCCAAAACCGAGUAUCAAACUAACAAACCAUGUGAUUCAAGCCGGUGAAGGGCCGGGCUCAAAUGGUAAAAAGAUUCAACCGUUUGUCAACGAAGCCACUUUAAAGUCAGUGAUGGGUUCGGGUUCCGCAAAGCCACAUCCAACAAAGAUUCUGAUUCGACCGCAUGUACAAGGAAUGACGUAUGACGGUCCCAUCCAAGUUGCAGAUGAAGAAUGGGUGGCUAUGAAAGUGAGUAUGGAUAAUUUGGGAUUGUAAGAUGAAUGUGAAGCUUUUCUUAAUCAUUUUGUAUCUACGUGGUAUUAAUUUGACGUAAGAAGUAGCGGGUGAUGUCGUGAACCAGGAGGUCAAGUCUUUAUACUAUCGAGUUUUGGUCGUAGAAGACGGGUGUCGCCCGGGUUAUAGUUUGGUGAACAUGUAAUGUUCAUUAAUAAUCUUUUGGGUUUAAUUAGUUAGUGACCCAUAUAUGCUUAAAAUGUGACAUUACUACCAUAUUUUGCAACAUGUUUUGAGUAGUCCGGUAAGGUUUUUUGUUUGAAGUUU